AUGGGAGAAGCGGGUCCUUCAUCGUCAACGUCGUGGUACGAUUCGGCGGGUGUAACGACACUUGGAAGCGGGAAUCUGAGAGAUGCGCUUAGAUUGCCAGCUGGAGAGGAUAAAAAUGAAUGGCUGGCGGUGAAUAUAAUUGACCUAAUAAAUCAAGUUCGAAUGAUCUUUGGAGUAAUUUGCGAAUCGGAAUGCACGGAUGCCAAAUGCCCGCAGAUGAAUGUCAAAGGGAAAGUGUUCAAUUGGUCGAAUAACGGGACAAUAUUAAACGUCUCCGCACCGCAAUAUAUCGAUUUAUCCCUAACAUGGUGUCAAAUGCAAACCGAUGAUGAGACAAUAUUUCCGGCAGAAAUUGGAAAGAAUUUUCCGGACAAUUUUGAGGAGAUUUGUCAGAAAAUGAUGAAGCGACUAUUCCGCGUUUAUGCCCACGUCUACCAUGUGCAUUCGUCGAGAUUCCAGGAGAUCAAAGCGCUUCCCCACUUGAACACAUCAUUCAAACAAUUUAUUCUUUUCGCUAACCAGUUUGACUUAUUGAAUCGGGAGGAGAAGGAGCCACUGGCCGACGUCAUCCAAAAUCUUGUCUCAUUCAGCUGA